AUGAUUAGUCUGUUGGCUAAUGCCAUGCCUAGUGAUUGGGCCCCGUCCUACGCCAAUGUCACGUUGUUUAAUCAUAAAGGUGAGUUACUGCGGUAACAUUUAGUACUGAAAAUUAGGUCGGAGUAGGCAAAUACCGUAAUUAUAGAUUGAAGAAAUACUGUAAUUAAAAAGUAUCAGAGUACCUUACCGAGGCUAGGCUACAAGAUCAGAUAUACAGUACACAAGAAUAAGUUAAACUAAGAAGAUAUAGUACUUAAGAGUGUUCCAUAGCAAGAAGAUACCACAAUUUACGGAAGGUUACAUCGUACUUUACCCAAAGCGUAGAUUACUUUAAGAAAGUACAGUCUCUAAGAGUUCCUACAGUAGAGAAUUAUCGUAUUUAAAGAGUAGGUUACCCUACGAAAUUACCGAAUUUAAGAGUAAGCUGCAGUAAAAAAGUACUGUAACUCAAAAUAGGUUACAACAUCAAGUUAUCACAUGCUAGUUUAAAGUACAGUAAAAAAGUAUCGUACUCGACAGUAGGUUACAUUAGGAAAACAACGUACCUAAAAAAUAAAGAUAGAGAAAAUACCGUACUCAAAGAGUAGCAUGCAAUAAAAAAAUCGUACUAUUGAGUUAUGCUACAGUAGCAAACUAUUACUAAUUUGGUAAAAGAAUGUAAAAUCAAGUCUGCUAUAACAUAAUUAUAAUACAAUCUACUAUAAUAUGACAAAACCUUUCAGAAGACCAAGAAGUCUGCCGCCGAUUUCAGACGGGUGGAAUGGAGCGGCUCAGUGAGUUCGCUAGUCCAUUUUUCCCUUCAAAAUACCCGCCCAACACGGAAUGUAUACGAACUAUACAUGCCCCACCCGGCUAUGACAUUGUUUUUCGAUUCAACGACAUUUUUCAAGUGAGUAUCAUACCUUACUUUACCUUGACAUUUUUCAGUUUUAAUACUUUACUUUAUCUUGUCAUGCCUUCCUUUACCUUAAAACUUUACCAUGUCAUACCCUACUUUACCUUAACGUUAUCCUGCCUUACCUAUACUGCCCAACGUUAUAUAAAAAAUGCCCUUAUCCUACCCAUUAAUAUCACUCUUAGUUAGAAGCAAUAUCAACAUAAUGCUGCAAAAUGAUUUACAGAAAGUAUGUUUUUAGAUAGAAGCUUCGUAUGAAGACUCCCUAAAUCGACCAAAUAUUAUUGCUCAUCACUGUCCUAACGACUUUCUGGUAAGUUAUCUACCAAUAACUGAUAAAAAAUCAUAAAAUAAAUGUUCUGAAACUUAAAUAACUAAUCAUUAGGGUUACCCAAACGCAUUGAUCUAGAGGAAUAUCAAGUAUAGUCCAUAGGUAAAAAAACUUGAAAAUAGUGCAUUUAAGCUUUGUGCAUAACUUUGUAAAGCCUUUAAGAAGCUCAAAAAACGGACGUAGCCAGAAACGUCUGUAGAGAGGUCCCUGCACACCCUCUAUUUUCAGGAAAUUCGUGACGGUCGCUACAGUUUCUCUCGCCUAGUUGGCCGUUUUUGUGGCAUGAAACCGCCAAACGAGGUUCGAGUUCAUUCCGGUUAUGCGUGGCUCAACUUUCACAGCGACGGUCUCAUUGAGGAAAGGGGAUUCAGCGCUGAGUACGAGUUCGUACGACAAUGGAACUAUUCUAACGCCGUUUCGCAUAGUGGUAAGGCUGCUUUUGCUGAUUACAACUUUAGGAUUAAGAAACAGCGUUACUAGUUGCAACUUUAGGCUUAUACAACUGUAAUUUACAAAACUAUACAAGCUUAUGCGACUAUAUCCUUAUAUACAUACAAAAGUAAAAAACGACGAUACCAAGGGCAUUUUAAUAUCUAUUUUAAUGACAAAACUUAUUUAUCUCUCUUCAGAUUGUCACCAAAGCCAUGUAAUGCACCUAGAUGGAUAUGUCAAUGUAUCAGCUAUACCUAUAUCCUAUAUGGUACGUUUCUAAUUUUUUACUUAAUUUUUAAGUUAGCCACACUAAUGUCAACACAAUAAUUACUAUUAUAACAAAUAACCCCAUGAUUUAUUAAAAAAUGUCAAUGUUCUCCUUGCGAAUUCGAACUUUUUUGGAUUUUCGGCAUUUUUAAUUCUCUGUAACUCUGCUAUAAGUCAUAAUAGAAAGAUGAAAUUUGGUGAUAGUGUGCAGCUUUUCAUGCUCUACAAAAUCUCAAUAUUUCAAAUUUUAUAAACCUUUUGCAAAUUUUUAAUUUUUUCAAAAAAAGUCCGAAAUUUCAAGAAAAAAUGGUAGGGGUACGUAAAAAUUACUGUAACUCCAGAAGCUCAAUAAAUUAAAAAACUUAAUUUUCAAAUUAGGUGUGUAAAUAAGUAUUCUAUAAUUACACAAAAUUUUACCUAAACAGUCACAAAAGUUAUGAUAAAAAAACCAACUACUACAAUAUUUUUUCAAAUAUAAGCCUAAACUCCUGCUUUUAAGCUUUUGAACCCUAAUUUAGGUUAAAAUAAUUACUAGAAAUAAAGAAUAGGCCUGACCGGGCUUGAGCAAAAUAAAAAAUUGGCCGUAAAAUUCAGUCCCAGCCCAAGAACCGGGCUUGAAAAGUAUGCCCUGUCCGGCCUGAUCCCCAUGUCUAAUAACGGCAAGACCAAUACUAUAAUCAAAAAAACCUUGUCUAACCAACCCCUUAAUUUCAGGACAGUCACCCAAUCAGCGAACCACUAGAAUGUGUUUAUAAAAUACGGGUACCCAACACAUUACACGUUGCCAUUUUCAUUGAGCAAUUUGAACUCGCAGCCCCAAAUCAAUGCGAACAAAACUAUGUUGAGAUCUACAGUGGUCAGGUGGCUAGGAAACCGCUGAAACGGUUUUGUGGUAUCAUAGCUACCCAUACCUAUACGGCCCAAAGUGUGGUUUUUAUGAGGGUUUUUGUGGCUAGCCAACAGCAUGCCUCAAAUACCAAGUUGAAGAUUUUCUUCUCCGCUUAUUCGGCUUGUAAGUUAGUUUUUGACCUUUAAUAAAUCUACCACUUCGCUAUCCUAUCCUCUCUUACUCUACUCUACCAUACGUUACCCAAGCCUUCCUUGUCCUAUCCUACCAUCCCUACCUUGCCCUAAUAUAUUAUAUGCUACCCUAGCUUACCCGUUUACUCUAACCUCGCCUUUUCAGUCAAAAACUGUACAGAGCACGACCUGUUCAGUUGUGGCGAUGACAUUUGUAUACCUCACUCGUUGGUCUGUAAUAAACGACCCAACUGCCUCUACCGUAACGACGAGACCAUUUGUAAUCGAGGCCCAAACCCAGUGUGGGAUAUCUUAUCCAACAGCUACAGUCCUCUGAUGUUUAUGCCCAUAUUGAUAGCACUAUGUGUUACUGUAAUGGGGGUAUGGUACAAACCGUGCCGGCAGGUACCAUUGACUACAGAAGAGGACAUUGCGGGCCAGGAGAACGCCAGUAUGGUAACUUUUAUGCCACCGACUAGUGCUGAGACGUCUCGGUUGGACCAUGUGCCUAGGAGCGCUAUGGUGGAGUAAGUCUUCGUAUAUUGUAGUAGGAUAAAGUAAACCUAUUUUACUGAGGUAGAGUGAGUAUAUUGUAGUGAAGUGGGCCUAUAAUAUGCUACUAUGAUUCAUUUAUGUCGUUUUUGACGUAAAAAUUUGUAAAAAAAAUAUCGACCGGUUGAAAAAAAUUUCCAAAAUUUUUUAAUCCAAAUCAAAAUAAAAUGUCAUAAACAAUUUAAAUUACAAUACCAAAACUUAUAUUUUCCUAAAAACUUAAGAUUCUAGCCAUAAAAGGACCUUUUGUUACCUAAAUUCCUAUUUUUGUACCAAAAACAGACUUUCCUACGCCUUUUAUCAUUAAAAAAACAAAAUAAAAGUACAACAACCCUACAAAAUUAUUUACAUUCCAGAGCAGGUACCCAGACCCCUCGAGUCCAAAAGCACACAACGUUCGCGGAGAACGGUCAUGUUCAACGCGAACGGCCGGCUUCUCGUUCGCCGCCCGAAAUUUGGCACACCGAAGAGAGCCACUCGACUCAAUCGAUGGUCAUGGAGAAUUUGACCGUGGAGACCUCAUUGAUGACCAUUAAUGUUUAG